AAGUUGACCUGCCGCAUUUUCCGGUCGCCAGCAUAAACCGACUCACCUAUUAUCGUAAAUAUGAAGGAAGUAACCGAACCGAUAAUGACUGAGACAAAAUACAGACCAAAGGUCCUCAUUGUCGGCGCUGGCCUUGGUGGCUUGACACUUGCUCAGAUCUUCCGCAAAAAUGGAAUCCCUUUUGAGAUUUUUGAGCGUGAUGAGCACGAAGUUGCUAGAACUCAGGGUUGGUCCCUAACUAUUCACAGUAUUUUAGAUGAUUUACUGAAGGCCUUCCCGGAUGAUAUGCCAAAGUUCCGGGAGUCUGUCCAUCACCUUAACCCGCUUGACUUAGAGAGUCAAGUAGUCUUCUAUUACCACAACGAACGCCUUGGUACAGAAGCGUCGCCUUCUACUCCUAUGCUACGAGUGAACCGCCUGCUACUCCGAAAGUGGCUAGCGACCAAGAUAAAUGUUCAAUAUGGUAGAGUCGCUGCCAAAGUUGAGAGGGUAGGCACCGAGAUGGUCGUCACCUUUAGGAAUGGCAGCAUCGUUAGAGGUGAUAUCGUCGUCGGGGCCGACGGCGCAAACAGUAUUGUGCGGGAGCAUGUUCUGGGCAAACCAAAUAAGGAGGUCCUCAGGAACGUCCCAAUCAGCUCAAUAACAGGAGAAACCAAACUAAGCGGCGAGGUAUUCGCACGCCAAUUGGAGGUCGCUCACAGCAUGGCCAUCAUCCCGGUGACUACUAAUGAUGCUUGGAACAACCUCUUCACCGGCCUUACCAAAGUACAUCCAGACGGCCAAUCUGGUGAUUUUUUCUGGGUACUCGCAUGGCACGACCCUGUCGCCCAGCAGACAGGUCGUUGUACUGUCAAUGAUCUUUCAAGAGAAGACCGCCUUGAGCUUGCGAAGAAGAUGACGGCACAUAUAGACCCUAAAUUUAGACUUAUCAUCGAGGCAACGAUCGCGGAUGGUGUUCGCGACGGCGGCUGGGUGCCAACGGACUGUCACCUUGAUGAGAUCCCACUUGGCAGGGCGACCCUUCUCGGCGACGCCGUGCACCUGAUGAUGCCAUAUAAAGCCGAAGGCGGUAUCCACGCAAUGCGCGAUGCGUUGCAUUUGGGUGAAUUGAUUGCCGAGUUGGAAGCCCCAGACGACGCCGCUCUGUACCGCGCCCUGACUACAUUCUACUCGGAAAUGCUACCUCGCGGUGCGCAAGCAGUUGAGCACUCUAGAUACUUCCAGGCAAGAUUCAGGAAGGAUAAGACGGCCGUCAAAGCUUGGGGUCACCCUGUUAGGAGUCUCCCAGAUGAGAGACUGGACAUUGGACCUGAAGGGAUACGUGGUAUCACUAAAGGGAUAUGCAAAUUGAACAUGGUCCCAAGCAAUUGAUUGAUAUUAAAAAUAGACACUGGGCUCGUUAGAUGUGGAGAUUAGGGGGCUGUGUGCAUUGAAUGAUGUAUGUUCAUAGACAACGUAUAUAUCAAUUAAUCUAUGAACGUAAUAGGAAGCCAACCUAUAUAUUACUUACUUCGUCGCUCCAA